AUGGCAGAGUUUACUGUGAACUUUGCUAUCGAAACAUUGGGUUCCUUGCUUGUCCAGGAAACCAAGCCGUUGAGAAGUGUAAAGAAAGAAGUUGAAAGCAUCAAAAGAGAGCUGGAGUUCAUCAGAUCUUUCCUCAGGGAUGCAGAUACAAGAGCAGCGGCCGAAGAAGAAGGAGGAAGCGAUGGAGGUGUCGUAAGUACUUGGGUAAAACAAGUAAGGGAAGAAGCUUAUCACAUUGAAGACGUCAUAGAUGAGUACAAACUUAAUGAGGCGAAGCAUCAUGAACAUGAUGACAAAGGUCUCACUGGUUUCCUUCGUAAAAUGCAUUGCUUCAUCAAUAAACUUAAGCGGUGUCAUGGAAUUUCCUCCGAGAUUAAACAUAUCAAAUCAUCACUUGCUGAUAUACAAAGAAGUGCGGAAUACUAUAAAUUCAAGCCCAUUGAUCAAGGAGAUGUUGUAUCGCACGAUUCUCGAGUUUCUUCCCUUUUCAUCCCAGGCGAUGAACUUGUGGGCAUCGAAUCUACUAGAGACCAAUUGAUUGGUUUGUUGGUGAGUGGAACAUCCAAGCGUGCGGUGAUUGCAGUUGUGGGCGAAGGAGGACUUGGCAAGACCACUCUUGCGGGGAAUAUUUAUAAGAAUGAUGUAGUGAAGAAGCAUUUCGAUUGCCAGGCUCGAAUCACGGUUGGGAAAGAAUGCACCAAAACGGAUAUACUAAGGAAAACUUUACAGGCACUGAUGGACAAAAUGGGUGUGACAGGGUCUACUCGUGGAGAGAUGGACAAAGUGGGUGUGACAGGGUCUACUCAUGUAGAGAUGGACAAAAUGGAAGAGACUGAUCUGCACGCCGCACUGGAGAGACAAUUAAAAGAUAAGUGUUACAUGGUUUUGUUCGAUGACGUGUGGACAACUGAUUUUUGGGGAUAUAUAGAGUAUGCUUUAAUUGAGAACAACAAAGGAAGUAGGAUUAUCCUUACAACCAGAAACAGGGGCAUUGUUGAUGUGAUUCCUUUUGUUAAUGUCCAUAGGCUACAACCCUUGCCUUCAGAUGAGGCAUUUGAACUUUUUUGUAGAAAGGCUUUUGGUCCUCAAGGGUGUUGUCCGCCUGAGUUGGAGAAACUGUCUCGUGACAUCCUUCGGAAAUGUGGAGGUUUACCACUAGCAAUUGUUGCCGUUGGUGGUCUUCUCUCAAACAAGAACAAGGUUGCUUUUGAAUGGAAAAAGUUACUUGAUGAGUUGGGGCCACAGUUGGGAAGCGAUUCUCAUCUAAAAGAUUGCAACAAAGUUUUAUUAGAAGGUUAUUAUGGUCUACCUCACCAUCUCAAACCUUGUCUCUUAUAUUUUGGUUUUUUUCCAGAAAGCUACUCAAUCAAUUGUGCAAGACUGAUUCGCCUAUGGAUUGCUGAGGGCUUUGUCCCUUAUUCCAAACACCGCAGAUCUGAACAAGUUGCUGAAGAAUUCUUGAUUGAUCUCAUUAACAGGAGCUUGGUUCAAGUGGUGAAGACGGAUUUCUUUGGAAGACCUAGAUUUUGUCGAGUCCAUGAUCUAAUGCACCAGAUUAUCCAUAAAAAGACCGAAUAUUUGGGCUUCUCUCAUUUUGUGAACAGAGAACACUCAAAUCUCCCAACCAAAAUUCGGCGCAUUUCUAUACAAGGGAGUGCUGAUAGUGUUCUUGAGAGCAUCAAGAACUCGAAGGUACGUUCUGUUUCUCUUUUCAGAGUUGAUAAGGUGCCUAACUCUUUCAUGACUACACUUGUGGAUUUCAAACUUAUAAAAGUACUUGAUUUUCAAGGUAGUCCUAUAGAGUAUCUUCCUGAAGGAGUGGGAAACCUCUUCCACUUGCACUACUUAAGUGUGAAAAAUACAAAAGUAGAAGUACUUCCCAAGUCCAUAGGUAAGCUUAUCAAUUUGGAGACCUUGAAUUUGAAGUUUUCUCUUGUCACUGAGCUUCCCUGUGAGAUCAAGAAUCUUAAGAAAUUGUGUUAUCUAUUGAUAUAUCAUUUCAACAGUAGUGGUCUUUUGCAAACAGUAAAAAUACCUAUGGAGUUUGGCUCUUUAUCGGAUCUACAGAAGCUAGGUUAUGUGGAAGCUAACUUUGAAGUACUCAAAGAGCUUAGGAAGCUACGGCAAUUGAGAAAGUUAGGAAUAAGGAUCACAACUAGAAAUGAGAAGGAUUUGUGUGGUUGCAUUGCCAAUAUGGAAAAAGUUGAAUGUCUUAGUCUUAGGUCGACACGUAGAGAAGAAAUUCUUGAUAUAGAAUCGAUGACUUCUCUCCUUCGUGGUCUUCAGCGCCUCUACUUAGGAGGAACUAUGAAGAAGCUACCAAAUUGGAUUUUUAAACUUGAAUAUAUUGUCAGAAUUGGUUUGGACUUGUCAGGAUUAACUGAUGAUCCCAUAAGAGUCCUGCAAGCCCUGCCUAAUUUAUUGGAGCUUAGGUUGUCUAACACAUGCCAUGGUGAGCAAGUAAAUUUCAAAGGAGGUUGGUUUCCAAAACUAAAAAUUUUGGAUCUCAAAAGAGUGGAAUUGAUGAUUAUAGACAAAGGUGCAAUGCCUAACCUUGAAGAAUUAUAUAUUGGACCAAGCCCUCGAUUGAAAGAGAUUCCAAUUGGAAUUGAACAUCUAGGAAACCUAAGGAUUUUUCAAUUUCGCUUUAUGUUGAAAGAAAUUUAUUGUAUGAUAAAAGACGAGAAGUGGAAGAAAGUUACCCAACAUAUACCGGAUGUCGGUGUCUCUUUCAAAAUGGAAGGAGGAAUAUCUUAUGAAACUACUAAGUAUCUCUUGUCUCUCUCGCUUGAUGAUUUUGAGCAAUUUAUUGAAAAAGUAGAGCGAAGUAACGUGUCCUCUCAUCUGUGA